UGCGUGUUGUGGUAUUUGGCGCGAAAGGGACGAAGUGAAUGUAAACACCAAGAAGUUGCAACUAACUGUGGACAUGUCAUCAGUGUAUCGCCAUGGAUAUUCGUAGCUUUUUUACAAGUGGCAGUGUGAAGAAAACUAAUAAUGCAAGCAACAAAGACAAGCCAGAACCUCCAAAGUUGAAUGUGAAGGGAAAAUUGGAUAAAAGUUCUAAAAGAAAUGGAAAAGACGUGAGCAAGUCCGCAGAGAAAGGAAAAGGGAGUGAUAAAAAGAGUAAAGAAACAAAGGGGCAUGAUCUGAGCAAAGGAAGCAAAGGAAAGGCAAAGAAGGUGAUCGUCUUAGACAGUGACGAUGAGGAUGUAAAUGGAAAUGUGAAAAAACCUGAAAAACAGAAAGAAUCUGAGCAUAGCUCAAAGACAAGAAGGAAGCGUCAGGUGAGCAGUGAGGAGGAAAAAGAGGACACAGUUUCUGGUCACAGGAAAACCGGCAAAAAGGCACACAUUAUUGAAUCAGAUUCAGAUGAAGAACCUAUUCCAAGGAAAACGUCUAAGAGCCAGAAUGACAAAAAAAAGACUGGCAUUAUGUUUAUGGAUGAUUCAGAUGAGGAACCAGCGAAGAAGUCAACCUUGGAUUCCUUUGUGAAGACGCCAAGUCCGCAGAAAGUCAAAUCCAAGACUGAAACCAAAAAGUCUGAGACAAAAACUCCAGUGAAUGUAUCUGACUUCUUUGGGAGCAGUUCUGUACAGCGAUCCGACAGAAAAACUUUGGCCUCCAAACGCAAAAUAGAUGAAGAUGACGAGGCUCAUGACGAUGAUGAUUUUGAGAAAACUCUUGCACAAUUGGACAAUGUCCAAAAGAGCAAAAAGCCGCGGUUAUCAAGUGAGACGUCUCCAAACAAGUGCGCCAGUACCUCAACCAGUAUCUCCACCAGUACCCCAAGUCCAUCUGGAAAAUUGUCGAGCAAGUUGGCAGCUAAAGCAAAAGAACAUAAGGAAUCAUCCAGAGUAAAGGAAGAAAGGAAUAUCCUAGUGCCAGAGACACCGGAACCGAAACAGAUUUCAAAGAAAGCCAGUCCUGUUAUGGUGUCUCCCAAGAAGUUGACUUCACCUCACAAGGAUGCUAGUCCUAAGAAGUUAUCACCAUUUAAGAGUGAGAAAGCUUAUACCCCUAAAGUCUCUCCAGGGAAACCACCGAAUACAAGCCCUCCAAAGUCUGGGAGUACCAAAACAUCCCCAGAUGUACCAGACUUGGCGAGUAGAACAUCUUAUCGGUCGUAUCUAACAAGGGAAGGACCAAGGUCAUUGGGUGCUAAGGAAAUGCCAGAGGGUGCAGAAAACUGCUUGGAAGGUUUAACAUUUGUUUUGACUGGUGUGGCCGAGUCAUUUGACCGUGAUGACCUCAAGCGUAUGGUGGAGAAGUAUGGUGGCAAGGUGACCACCACAGUCAGCAAGAAAACAAACUACCUGGUUGCCGGGAGAGACAGCGGAGAAAGUAAACUCCAGAAGGCCAGGGGCUUUGGUACUGUUAUUUUGGAUGAAGAUGGCCUUCUGGAACUUAUUAGAACAAAACCUGGAAAGAAAUCUAAAUAUGAAAUACAGGCCGAGGAAUCUGCCAUCAAGGAAAAUUCGAAAACACCAACUCGAAAGAGAGGAUCAGUAAGUAAACUUGCCGAGUUUGAAAGAAGGACCUCCACAUCAAGUCCGUCAUCUAGCUCUCCAGUCAAGAAGACAGUUGAUGGAAAAGAUGAGCCUGUGUUGAUGUGGGUCGAUAAGUACAAGCCAGUGGGACUGAAGCAGUUAAUUGGACAACAGGGGGAUAAGAGUAAUGCAAAGAAACUUCUCCACUGGCUCACGAACUGGCACAAAAACGACGCAGCAGGAGUCAAACCUCAGGGAAAGUUUUUUGGGAAGGAUGAUGGUGCUGGGACGAAGGCAGCCUUACUGUCUGGUCCUCCGGGGAUAGGGAAGACUACCACAGCCACUCUUGUGUGUAAGGAAGCUGGCUUCUCCUUUGUUGAGUUAAAUGCGUCUGACACACGUUCAAAGAAAAGUCUACAACAUGAGGUCGCAGAGGCUUUGGGCAAUGAGACACUUUUAGAUUACAUGGGGCCUGGCCGUCCGAAGUCACAUGGAAAGAAGCAUUGUUUGUUGAUGGACGAGGUAGAUGGAAUGGCUGGCAAUGAAGAUCGUGGGGGGUUACAGGAACUGGUGAGUCUCAUCAAGGGAACCAAGAUCCCCGUCAUCUGUAUGUGUAACGACAGAAACCAUCAGAAGAUGAGGACACUCUCAAACUACUGCUUCGACCUUCGCUUUCAGAGACCUCGAGUAGAGCAGAUUAAGGCAGCUAUGAUGUCGAUAGCCUAUAAAGAAGGCUUGAAGAUUCCACCACCUGCACUUAACGAGAUGAUCUUGGCCGCAAAUCAUGACGUGCGUCAGGUCAUACACAACAUGUCCAUGUGGACAGCCGGCAACAAGUCACUAACGUACGACCAGGCGAAGGAAGACUCUAAUCGUGCUCGCAAAGACAUGAAACUGGGACCCUUCGAUGUGUGUCGCAAGGUAUUUGUGGGUGGAGAUGAAACUGCAAACAUGAGUUUGAUUGACAAAUCUGACCUGUUUUUCCACGAUUACAGUUUGAGUCCAUUGUUUGUGCAAGAAAACUACAUAAAUGUUGUGCCGUAUGCUGCAAGAGGAAAUGCAGCAAGACAUCUGUCCCUCUUGGCUCGUACAGCCCACAGCAUCACAGAUGGAGAUCUAGUCGACAAAGCCAUCAGAUCACGUAUGGCAUGGAACCUCCUCCCAACUCAGGCUAUGUAUUCCAGUGUGAUUCCUGGGGAAUUAAUGCGGGGUAGCUUCCCUCAAAUGGUCUCUUUCCCAACGUGGCUCGGACAAAACUCAUCCCGGGGUAAAACAGAGAGGAUUCUUCAGGAAACCCGCACACACAUGAGACUUAGGAUCUCUGGUGACAAGCGUAGUCUCAAUAUGGAUUACCUCCCUUACAUGCGACACUCUCUAACACGUCCCUUGGUGACACGGGAAAAUGAGGGUGUACCAGAGGUUAUACAUCUAAUGGGGGAGUAUGACAUCAUCAAAGAAGAUUUUGAUAAUAUCCUGGAGGUAUCAAAGUGGCCGAACAGUGACGAUCCCUUUAAACAUCUCUCAACCAAGACCAAGUCAGCCUUCACAAGAACAUACAACAAAGAGGUUCACAUGACGCCCUACUCCACUGGGGUCCUCACCAAGAAGAAACGUGGAGGUGGAGGGUCUGUGGCCGGCCCUGAGGAAGGUGAAGAGGAAGGGAAUAUGUCGGAGAGCGAUGAUGAUAAGGAUGACCUGCAGAAGGAUACAAUGAUUAAGCAAGCAAAAAAGAAGCCAGCAGCUGCUAGCAAAGAGAAAUCCAAGGAAACAUCUUCUAAGGGUAAAGGUAAAGGCAAGUCCAGUAAGAAACGUUCCUAGCAGAGGCAGCAUGUUGAAAGGCAUUGUCUAGAAGGGAAUUAGGAAGUCUUCUACUGGAAACUUAAUGGUGGAACGUCCUGCUUGGUGGCCAUGGGGAAAGGCAUUGUCUAGAAGGAAAUUAGGGAGUCUUCUUGAAUCUUCUGGAAACUUAAUGGUGGAACGUCAUGCUGGGUGGCGAUCUUAGAUUCUCUGUAUGGCCCUAAAUUGGGAGUCUCCCAUUUUUCGCGGAAAACCAAGCUGGAAUGAUCCUUCCGGACCUGUAGAAAGGCAUUCUCAAGAAACCCCUGAUUGGGGAGUCUUUAACUGAAAACUUAACGGUGGAACGUCCUACUGUGUUGUCAUGUGGAAAGGCAUUCUCAAUAUAGUCCUGAUUCAUGGAGUCCGACUCUAUUUUACGAAAAAUAAAACUGGAAUGUCAUACUUGGUUGCCAUGUACAAAGGCAUUCUCUGUAUAGCCCUGAAGUGGCGAGAGUUUUAUGGAAACUUCCAGCCAGUAGUCAUGUGGGAAAAAUGAUAUGGAAGGUGCUUGGUUAAAGAAGUUAUUAUAAGAAGUCCUUAGUCAAGGUUCAACUAAUGAGGAAGAAUAAUUGAGGACACUUUAUAGUUUUAUAGUGAGCUAUGAAUGUUAAAACUGGUGAAGAGAUUGUUCUAGUUUUGGAAAAGUGUUGUUUGGUACAUGUGUGUGCUUGCUUAACUGUGGUCAUUGGAAUGCCUGCAUAACUGAGGUCAUGGAUAUACUUGCCUAACUGAGGCCUUUGGUAUUACCUGC